UCAGUGUUCGGUGAAAUAGCUCAUUCCAGGUGCUUUUGAAAGUAGUUUAAUUUGGUUAAUGAAAAUCCCCUUUUUAAGUUGGAUCCUCCACAGCCAAAAGUUUCAAUUUUUGUGCGGCAUCGUUCAAAUGUAUUUGGCUUCUGCGUUGAAGCACAUGCACAUAAGUGACCCGCAUCUCGAUCGUUUUGAUGCAAAAACUUCAAUGAAGAAAGACGCUUUCGAAAGUUCCAAUAUUUCAUCUUUGCGUCACUCAGCUGCGUCAGAUGACAGCGACCUUGUCAGUGCUGCGGAGAUAAUUAGAGAUCAGUUUUACUUUGCGACGUUAAGGAGCAAACCCAAAAGCACAUCCCACACUCACUACUUUAACGUGGAUGAUGAACUGAUUUACGAAAAUUUUUAUGCCGACUUCGGCCCUCUAAACCUGGCUCAACUCCACCGCUACUGUUGCAAAGUAAACAAGAAAUUGAAGUCAAUUUCGUUAGCCAAAAAAAAGAUUGUGCACUACACAUCAUUUGAUGCGAGGAAACGUGCAAACGCUGCUUUUUUAAUUGGUGCUUACCAGAUCAUUCAUUUAAAGAGAACACCAGAGGAAGCCUACAGACCCUUGGUAUCUGGCAGCAGUCCACCAUAUCUACCAUACAGGGAUGCAUCAUUUGGACCAUGCUCGUACAACUUGACACUACUAGAUUGCUUACAUGCGGUGGACAGAGCAAUCACACACAGGUUCUACUGUCCGGAUACAUUUGAUCCAGAUGAGUAUGAGCAUUAUGAAAGAGUGGAAAAUGGGGAUUUUAACUGGGUUUUACCGGAAAAGUUUCUUGCAUUCAGUGGUCCACACCCAAGGAGUAAAAUUGAAAACGGCUACCCUCUGCACGCCCCUGAGGCUUAUUUCCCAUAUUUCCGUAAACACGGCGUAUCCUGCAUAGUUCGACUUAAUAAAAAGAUGUACGAUGCCAGGAGGUUCCAGGACGCUGGGUUCGACCAUCAUGAUUUGUUCUUUGUUGAUGGCAGUACACCAUCCGAUUCAAUACUCAAACGAUUCUUGGAUAUUUGCGAAAACACAGACGGAGCAAUUGCAGUUCAUUGUAAAGCCGGCUUGGGUCGCACUGGUACCUUGAUAGCAUGUUAUAUGAUGAAGCAUUACCGAUUCACCGCAGCAGAGUGUAUCGCGUGGAUACGCAUUGCCCGACCUGGCUCUAUCAUUGGUCCGCAACAACACUAUCUAGAAGACAAGCAACACAGCAUGUGGGUACAAGGAGAUAUCUACAGGGCCGAGGUUAACCAGGGAAGAGGGAACCGUCUCUGCAUGCGCCGUGUCACAUCAGAAAUAGACGAUAUUUCUCUGCGCGACAGGAACAACAACAAUGAUGACGUCACAAGCGUAGGCGGGACCGGAGACGAACACGGGACCGCCAUCUUCUCAAUAGUGGAUAAAUCGAAGGACGCUGGGGUUACCACACGCAGCAGGUCAGGGGUUGGUAUGUCCCAGGGCGACCGUUUGAGGGCGGUAAAAGCACGUCGACACCCUCGUUCGGCCACCACGGGGACGUUAAAAUUGGAUGACACGAGAUCACAUGCACGAUCACCCUCCCAACCUGCAGCUCGUCAUACGAGGCAUUCAAGUCAUAGCAAUUAUGAAAGUAAUGUCGAUCCCGCUGGUGUUGCUUCUCCACUCAAAUCGUCCAAGUUUUCGAGCUCAAACAACUACAGCUCACCUGGUAUUGUAACUCGUAGCAAGGCGAGGUCGACAAGCGCAAGUCUCUCUGCUAAAAGCUAUCCAGCGCUAGCUAGUCUGCUUGACACGAGCUCUUCGUAUGGCAACAGUGACGACCACACCUCGUUUCCCGUCGGUUCUUCUGCUUAUUCCUAUCGGCGUAAAGCGCGCGGCUCGACGGAGAACGUCUCCAACACUGGGAAAUCUCAUCCCCAGCCGCGGGCCAGCGACGGCUCAUAUUCCCGCACCCGACGCAGCGAGAGUCGAUCCCGGAAUAGUUCGAACCGCGGUCAGGACUUCAGCUUGCAUGGCUCGAGUGUAAAGUAUCUCUCCCGGUCGCAGCCUUCGAUCUAGCCCGAGAUCCUACACUACAAGAUCUAGCACACGAAUCUACACAUAAACCCAGGAAUCCUUUUACGUCAACACGUUCGCUCGUUUCAAGUUAAACGAGUAUGCUUUUCCAGAUUUUAACCCUUUAGGAUUUUUAUAUCGCGCUUUACUAAUGACCAACUCAUUUUACUUCGUAUCGUUAAAAACUUCAUUCAAGAGAUUAUAAAACAUCUCGGCACCUGCAGUUACGAUCACGACUACUGUAAUUAUUCCGCGCUCGUUUUUAACCAUCAAAAUGCACGGUUCUUUCUGCCAAACAUUAUGUAGUAAAUUGCGGAACCGUUUAAAAAAUUUGCUUCUUUUUAUUUCCGCUAAUUUUUGUCCAUUUUACAAUGAAACAUGGUGCAGAAUUGAACGUAAAGGGUAUAUUGACCGGUUAAUUAGCGCUUGUUCGCGCUAUACCCAACGUGCCUUCACUUAAUUUUCGUGUGCUGGUUUUCAACUACCACAAAUAGUACAUCUCGUAUUUGUCGUGCUUUAAAUGUUCGAGCAUAAGUGAACUAGAUUAGCCGUGGUAACAAGUAAAUAUACCGCUCGUUUUGUGUGAAGAAACGGUGUUACGAUAGAUGACGUAACUGCCACGUUUUGGUAAUUUCUGGUCGUACAGCUUCAAUGAAAAAAAUAUAUUUAUGUGUCUUCUUUUUUUCGAUAUUAUAAUUUUUUACUCCCUAUUUGGUUCAGAUUUUAUAUUUGUGAUUUUAUCAAACGUUGUUUGGGCUAAUGUGGACUCCACACAUUCCUAUAAUGUUAAAUAUUAAUAUUAGCGUUAUUUAUCCCGUCUGUACUUUUCACUGGUGUUGUAUAUCUAGGUUUUAUCGUGCAAAUCCUAGUAACUCAAAUUCUCUUAAUUUUCUUGAGCUUUUUAAUUUUUCACUCAAAACAUCGUAGACAAAGCACUGAUACGUAACUAACAUCUCGUUGAAAUAAAAAUACCAAUUUUUA